AACUUUGGGGCGAGUUUUUCUAUAAAUAGGACUUCUAGCUAUUGGCUUUCUCGCUCCAUAGAAUCUUUCCUUUCCUCUUCUGCCUUCCCAACACCAGAUUGAAAAUGUUUUUGAUAUAUUUUUUGAUGGGGUUAUUAUUCCAAGUGUCAGCUCUUGAUGCUUGCCCUAAAUGUGGUAGCAUGGAAGUCCCAUACCCACUAAGCACAGAUGACACUUGUGGAGAUCCUAGGUACAGAAUCUACUGCAACAAUGGCGUCCUAGAAUUCCUGUCCUCUGAAGGGUUUUAUUACAAGAUCCUGAGCAUUAACCCUAGUGCUUAUAAGCUUAUCAUAGAGCCUCCCAUGAUACAGAAAAACACAUGUUACUCUGCUGAUCUUGCUUUUGGAGGGUUAAAGCUUGCUGAGAACUUGCCUUUCAAUAUUUCUACUCACAAUACUGUCUUGUUAUUUAACUGUUCUGAAAAUAUUCUGUUAUCACCAUUGAACUGCUCAUCAACAAGUUAUUGUAAGGAGUAUGAGGCAGAGGAGAGGGGAAGUGGAUGCAAAGAUACCCUUUGUUGCCAUUUCUUGAAAGAUGCAUCAAUGACCCAAUAUAGGAUUAGGAUCAGGGUUGGAGGGUGCACAGCUUAUACAUCUGUUGUGGAUUUGAAGCCUGGAGAUCCAGUGGAUGCAUGGAACUAUGGCAUUGAGCUGCAAUGGGUGCCUCCAAAUUUGUCAUUUUAGAGUCAUUGUGUUUCGAUAAUGUGCUUUCAUGGUACUACUUGUGGUGCGCUUCGUUCAUCUUAAUUUUCCUUUCUAAUUGUUGCUGUUAUGGGUCUUUUUUCCAUUUAAUUAGAGAACAAUUAUCUGUUUCUAUCAUUUUCUCAUGGACUAAGUUGAUCCAACUGCUGUUUAUCAUUUCAAAAUCAAAUAUUGUGGAUUCGUAUC